UCUCUGAUCAGGAAAACUAUUAAUUGAUUUUCUCCGAUCUCCUGACGAUAUAUACAUAUAUAUAGAGAGAGAGAGAGAGACAGAGAAAGAGAGUUGUUCGGCACGAUGGUGACGUCGUCGAGCUCAUGGUGGCAGGCCUUGGUUCGGAUCUCUCCCUACACCUUCUCCGCCAUCGGAAUUGCCAUAUCAAUCGGCGUUUCCGUCCUAGGCGCUGCCUGGGGAAUUUAUAUAACGGGGAGUAGUUUAAUUGGCGCUGCCAUAAAAGCUCCUCGCAUUACUUCCAAAAACCUAAUCAGUGUAAUUUUCUGUGAGGCUGUUGCUAUAUACGGAGUUAUUGUGGCUAUCAUUCUUCAGACGAAGCUUGAGAGUGUGCCUUCUUCAAAGAUGUACGAGCCCGAGUCCCUGAGAGCUGGUUAUGCUAUAUUUGCAUCUGGAAUAAUUGUGGGCUUUGCUAACCUUGUUUGUGGGCUAUGUGUUGGUAUCAUAGGAAGCAGUUGUGCAUUAUCAGAUGCCCAAAACUCAUCACUCUUUGUUAAGAUUCUUGUGAUUGAGAUAUUUGGCAGUGCACUUGGGUUGUUCGGCGUCAUUGUAGGCAUUAUCAUGUCGGCUCAAGCAACAUGGCCAUCUAAAGCAUGAGUUCCUAUUCGUACCACGAGUUAUUAGUACCAGGUACUUGUAAUGUUUUGCAAUUUCUUUAUCUUUCAAUUUAUAUAUUUUUUCAAAAAUUUUGUUGGUACAUGUAACCUCGGUGAGAAUGAGAGAGGUCCAGAAACAAACUUGGAUCAUACAACCAUUGAGUCCUGUAUGUAGUUUACUCCCAUUUAAUGAAACUGCCCAGUCGAUGUUCUUUUCA